GCAUCAUGUCGGCAGCGCAGGUGUCCUCGUCCCGGAGACAAUCGUGCUACCUGUGCGACCUGCCCCGCAUGCCCUGGGCCAUGAUCUGGGACUUCUCGGAACCCGUCUGCCGCGGUUGCGUCAACUACGAGGGUGCCGACCGCAUCGAGUUCGUGAUUGAGACGGCGCGCCAGCUCAAGCGGGCGCACGGCUGCUUCCAGGACGGCCGCUCCCCCGGGCCGCCGCCGCCCGUCGGGGUCAAGACAGUGGCCCUGUCGGCCAAGGAGGCGGCAGCGGCUGCGGCAGCAGCGGCAGCGGCGGCCGCGCAACAGCAGCAGCAGCAGCAACAGCAGCAGCAGCAGCAACAGCAGCAACUCAACCACGUCGAUGGGUCCAGCAAGUCCGCGGUGCUGGCCGCCCCGUCCGCCUUGGAGCGCUACGGCCUGAGUGCAGCCGCCGCCGCUGCUGCCGCCGCCGCCGUGGAACAGCGCACCCGCUUCGAGUAUCCGCCGCCGCCGGUGAGUCUGGGCAGCAGCGGCCACGCCGCACGAAUGCCCAACGGCCUGGGCGGCCCGAACGGCUUCCCCAAGCCGGCGCCAGAGGACGGUCCCCCGGAGCUGAACCGCCAGAGUCCCAACUCGUCCACAGCGGCGGCGACAGUGGCUUCUCGGCGUGGCACGCAUGGCGGGCUGGUGACGGGGCUCCCCAACCCUGGUGGUGGUGGUGGUGGCAGCGGCGGGGGUCCCCAGCUCACCGUCCCCCCCAACCUGCUGCCGCAGACUCUGCUUAACGGCCCGGCCCCCGCCACCGUGCUGCCUCCGCCCCCACCCCACGGCCUGGGCAGCCGAGGGCCCCCUACACCCGCGCCCCCUGGCGCCCCCGGGGGGCCCGCUUGCUUGGCCGGCUCGGCUGCUGGCGUAGCGGCAGCAUCGUCGUCGUCGGCCACGGCGUCGUCUUCAACCUCGUCGUCGGUGGCCGAGGUGGGCGUGGGGGCCGGUGGCAAGAGGCCCGGCUCGGUGUCGAGCACGGACCAGGAGCGCGAGCUCAAGGAGAAGCAGCGCAACGCCGAGGCCCUAGCCGAGUUGAGUGAGAGCCUGCGCAACCGCGCCGAGGAGUGGGCCAACAAGCCCAAGAUGGUCCGCGACACCCUGCUCACGCUGGCCGGCUGCACGCCCUACGAGGUGCGCUUCAAGAAGGACCACUCGCUGCUAGGCCGGGUCUUCGCCUUCGACGCCGUUUCCAAGCCCGGGAUGGACUACGAGCUGAAAUUGUUCAUCGAGUACCCCACGGGCUCGGGCAACGUGUACUCGAGCGCGUCCGGGGUGGCCAAGCAGAUGUACCAGGAUUGCAUGAAGGACUUCGGUCGUGGCCUCUCUUCCGGCUUCAAGUACCUGGAGUACGAGAAGAAGCACGGCUCCGGGGACUGGCGCCUUCUGGGGGACCUGCUGCCCGAGGCCGUGCGCUUCUUCAAGGAGGGCGUGCCCGGCGCCGACAUGCUGCCCCAGCCCUACCUGGACGCCAGCUGUCCCAUGCUGCCCACCGCGCUGGUGAGCCUCAGCCGUGCCCCCAGCGCGCCUCCAGGAACGGGAGCCCUGCCGCCCGCCGCGCCCUCGGGCCGGAGCACAGCCUCCAGCCUGCGCAAGAGGAAAGCGUCCCCGGAGCCCCCAGACUCAGCCGAGGGCGCGCUGAAGCUGGGCGAGGAGCAGCAGAGGCAGCAGUGGAUGGCGAACCAGAGCGAGGCGUUGAAGCUAACCAUGACUGCUGGGGGCUUUGCGGCUCCGGGACACGCGGCAGGGGGGCCGCCGCCGCCACCACCACCUCCUCCGCCACCACCGCCACCCCUGGGACCCCAUUCCAACCGGACCACCCCGCCCGAGUCGGCACCCCAGAACGGCCCGUCCCCCAUGGCCGCCCUCAUGUCGGUGGCAGACACUCUGGGCACGGCGCACUCGCCCAAGGACGGCAGCUCUGUGCAUUCUACCACUGCAUCGGCCAGGCGCAACAGCAGCAGCCCGGUGUCCCCGGCCUCAGUGCCGGGUCAGCGCCGCUUGGCAUCACGCAAUGGGGACCUGAAUCUGCAGGUGGCGCCUCCGCCGCCGACCGCCCACCCAGGCCUGGACCAAGUGCAUCCCCAAAACAUUCCGGACUCCCCUAUGGCCAAUAGUGGACCCCUGUGCUGUACCAUUUGCCACGAACGUUUGGAGGACACGCAUUUCGUUCAGUGCCCGUCCGUCCCCAGCCACAAAUUCUGCUUUCCCUGCUCCAGAGAGAGCAUCAAGGCCCAGGGGGCCACAGGCGAAGUGUACUGCCCUAGCGGAGAGAAAUGCCCCCUGGUUGGGUCAAAUGUACCUUGGGCUUUCAUGCAGGGGGAAAUCGCGACUAUCUUAGCAGGGGAUGUUAAAGUGAAAAAGGAGAGAGACCCUUGAACCACGGAGGGUGGGGGGGAUCCGCCGCAGCCGCAGCCUUUGCCCUAGACCAGCCCCUCGACCAGCCAGAGAGCCCCUCUCUCCCACCCGCUGCCUCCUUCCCACCCCUUCCUGGCCCCUCACCCAAGAUGUAGAAUUGUGAAUAUAACACCUGCAAAAAGUUAGUCUCCUGUAUAGACGUUAUUUUCGUCGUCUGUUUCUAUAUUUUGAAACAAAGGUAUGUAACUUCUUGGUUUGGAGGAUGAACCGGUGUGUUGAGCGGGAUGAUAUCGGAUCAUUUCCUUCGCCUUCGUUAAUGUUUAUUUGGCGGCAGAAUGUUUGCCUAGGUACUGAAUUAAUAGCCCUUAGCAACGACUGCUGCUGCUGUGUAUUUUUGUAAAUGUUAUGCACUCUCUGAAAGGAAAAACACACAAAAGAAAAAGACUUUUUUUUGCCAAGGCCAGUGUUGCUGCCUAAAAAUAAUAAUAAUAAUAUGAUGUUAGGAAACGGUAAAAGCUUCUCUCUAACCAGCCCCAAGUGUUGAAGUCCUCGUUUUGUUCAUUUCUGUUUUGUUUUCCUGUUUUGUUUGCAACAAUGGUGAGGGGGGCGUUGGGAGGGGACAAGGGUGUUUUUCAUUGCAAGUUUGUGAAGGGGGCAAUGUUUUGGUUCGUUUCUGCUGACCUGGAUGUGUUGGGUCCUCUCCGUGUUGUUUUUUUGUUUUGUUUUUUUGCUUUAUUGAUGCACGGAUGCUUUUGAACCAGUAGAGCGAAAUGCUAGACAUGGAGAAUCUGCUGUUUGUCCUUUAUACAUUUCUGUAGUUAACACAACACUGUAAUGUGCCUUGGAGCUUAGUAACUUGUAAUAAAUUCAAUUGAUAUGAA